AUGCAAUCUUACGAGUCAAUAGAAAGCACACUUUUCACAACGACAUUGGGUGCUUUUGUAACUUCACAACCUCCAACUCCCGAUGACUCAAUACAAGUUGAUCGUUUUCCUCGAGAAGAAUUUUCAUUUCUUCCUUAUAUUAUGCAAAUCCUUGAUAAAGUAGAAACAGUAGAAACGGAUAAAAAUGAAAAUGAAAUAAAGACUAUGCUCAAAGAAAAGUUUCAACGGUGUCAACAAAUUUUAUGCGAGUUACCUGGUGCAGAUUUGACACCCGUAGAACAAGAACAAAUUUUAAAAGAAGAAAAACAAAUAUUAGAACAGAGAAGGAUUGCACGUCACAAGUACUCGGAACUUUCAAUAAUGUCAAAUAGCACCAACAAUAAUGAUGAUGAAUCAAUUAAUACCAUUAAAGAUGAGACAUUUAUGGAUACACGGGAGGGUUAA